GUAUGAAGCGAUAAAUCCAAUGUGAACGACUGCUUCUAACCUCGACCGCAGUCUCACAUUUUAUAUUCGUAGCAAGUCACGGUUGUACAGUUUUUAAAAUAAUUUUGCUCAAAUUUUUUAGUGUAGUACAUCAUACAUAACGAGAUAAUAUCCUAAUUGAAGUUUUUGUUAUAAAUAGUUGAUGUGUAUCUAUUUAGUGUUUUAUAUAAUUGGGCAACCAUUUUAAGUUUAUCUUGAGUAGAGUAGCCAUGAAGCGAGGAGCUGACGCCGACAUGGGUUCCCCGCAAAAAAGAUCACGUAGAGGCGAUGAAGAAGUUCGUUUACUUAUUCCCAGCAAGGUUGCAGGGUCAAUUAUUGGUAAGGGAGGACAAAACAUCACAAAAUUGAGAAGCCAGUACAAAGCAUCCAUUACUGUCCCUGAUUGCCCGGGCCCCGAACGGCUUCUAACGCUGUCUUCGGACAUGGAUUCCGUCUGCAACAUCGUUAAUGACGUUGUACCCAACUUGGAAGAAAACGGGGCCAGUAUCAAUGGAAACGAAUUAGAUUUGCGAAUGAUGAUUCAUCAGAGUCAAGCUGGAUGCGUCAUCGGAAAGGGAGGACAAAAAAUCAAAGAAAUACGCGAGAAAACCGGAGCCCGGAUCAAAAUUUACGCGAAUUUGGCUCCGCAAAGCACAGAUCGUGUCGUCAAGAUAACAGGGGAACCCGCAAAAUGCAUCGAAACAAUCAGAGAGGUUUUGACUCUAAUUAAACAGAGUCCAAUUAAAGGAGCCGUGAACCCUUACGACCCCCACAAUUACGAUGAGGUAUACGCAGAUCAAUACGGAGGUUGGGGUAACCCGGGAGGCGGUGGAUUCGGAAACCGCAGAGACAACGACGGUCCUAGGGGUAAUAUGAGAGAUGACGGCGGUCGAUUCGGACCUAGGGGACCGAUGAAUCGAGGUGGAAAUCGCGAUGGAGGAUUCGGAGGUUUUGGUAAUCGUAGCGGUAUGGGACCGGGAAAUCGUUUCGGAGGCGGUAACCGAGAUUCUUUUGGAGGAGAUCGUGAUUUCGGAGGUCGCGAUAAUUUCGGAGGCGGUGGAGGCUCCUUUGGAUCCAGAGGAGGUUCUGGUGGGGCGCCGUUCGACCGUAAUGGUUGGGGUGGCAAUAGCCAGUUCAAUAACCCAGCACCAAGCUCGACCGGCGGUAGUGCGUUCGGGAGCGGCGGAGGGGCCGGAAAAAGUACACAAGUAACAAUUCCGAAAGACCUCGCAGGUGCCAUAAUAGGUAAAGGUGGUGGUAGAAUAAGAAAGAUACGAAUGGAUUCCGGUGCUAAUAUCACAAUCGACGAACCUUUACCCGGUUCUAACGAUCGAAUCAUUACAAUCACCGGUAAUCCCAAUCAAAUACAGAUGGCGCAGUAUCUGCUACAACAGAGUGUGCACAACAACACCGACCGUAAUUAUUAAGUUGAGUAAAGGGGGCCUAUCGUACGAAAAAGAAUGAACAUUUUUUUGUCCAUUAUUUUUAUUAAUUUCAAAUAGUGUAACAUUCCAUUUUAUGAGCAUUAUGGUUGGUUAGAUCGUCACAUACAUUUUUUAUAAUACGAAAAUAAUUUCCCCCCCUAUUUUUAUAUUUUCGACCUGUAUAAGUUGAUUUUUAUAAAAAAAAUGGGGAAUUUAUUCUUAUAUUUCUAUAUUUUUACAGAAUAUUUACUUUAUUCAAUUUUUUUGUUCCUCCUUUUUUUGAAAAAAAAAUUAUCUGAUACUUUAUUUAAAAUAAUUUAUAAUAAAAUUUCAAGUACUUUUAAAAAUUCAAAUGUAUGUAAAAAAACUCCUUCACUAUCUCUGAUUAUUUUUCGUAGAACUAACUUUCUAUAAUGUGAAUCUAGUUUCGCAAAUUUUCAUGUGUGGUAAAAAAUGAACUGAUUUUUUGGAUUACCCUUGUACAAUUUGAAAAAAAAAAUACUACAUAUUCAAAAAGUCGCAAUUUUCUUCAAUUGGUCAGUUUUUCAACAAAUUUUUUAUCUAAAUACUUAGAAGAUUUUAAAAUGUGCCCCUGUAUAUGAAAGUUUUGCAUAAAAAUAGUACAAUAAUAGCGAUUCUUCUUUGAUUAAUCAUUAUACAAAGGUGUCAUAAUAAAUUCGAGACUAAAAUGUGGAUUAAACAUGGAGAAAAGUGAAACAACUUUUAGGAGUACCCCUGUAUGUGAAAUUUUCGUAAAAAAUUAAUACCCAACAUAAAAGAGUGAAUAAUCGCGAUUUUUUCAAUAGUCACUAUAUAAGGGCGUUAAAAUAUAUUUGAGAGACUAAAGACGUUUCAAUACGUCAGCUUACAGGAGGAAGGUGAAUUAUUAUACAGGGGUAUUUUAAUGAAUUCGAAUAAACGACGUUAAUAACUUUCGAGGGGUGUUUCAAUUUUUGGAAGUACCCUCGUACAUGAAAUUUUCAAAAAAAAAACAAUAUUUUCUUCAAUUAGGUACUAUACAGUGGCAUCAAAAUGAACUUUUCGAAUCCCCCUUGUACAUAAGAUUUUUUUCUAAAAAAUAGUACAACUCUCAAAAUAGCGUUUUUGCUCAAUCCAACACUUUACGAAGAGUAAUUUAAUGAAUUUGAUAUUUUUAGGUUCUAUAAUAAACGAAAUUAUUUUUAGUAGUACCCCGGUACGUAUAAUUUUCGUUAAAAAAUAUUAAUAAUUAUGAUUUUAUUUAAUUAAUCGCUGUAAAAAGAUAUAUGAUUUAAUUUGAAACUAUAGACUAUUAAAAUUUCGAAAACAUUAACGGAAAGUUACUAUACGAGGGUGAUUAAAUAAAUUUGGAACCGAAAAAUUCGUACAGACAAGGUGUAUAAACAAAAAAUCAGUUUAUUCCUCGAAAAUAAUGAUUUUUUUCUCUAUUUUAGUAUACAUUUAUAAGAUUUAAUCGUAAUUAUUUUGUAUAGUACUAAUUUGAAACUUUAAAUAUUAGCAGUACCGUUUUAAAGAAUCAUCCGUUCUUUACUGUAGAGUACAUUGCGUAAAAAAUCAGUACAAAUAUUUAAAAAAAUUUUCUCCUUUGACAUGCGAAAGCCACAUUUUUUUAUAUAUAUAUACUAAUAUCAUACAACCAAAUGUUAAGUUCUAGUAAUUUUAAAUGGUGUGUACUCAACUGUCAGGUGUUGACGUAUCUAUCAUAAAAUGUAAUGAGAUAAUAAAUAUUUCAAUAAAAAAAAAA